AUGAAGCGCAACACGACGUUCACAAAGUCGUUUGUGCGCAGACCGGGCGGUCGGCCCGACACGACCGUCCCCAUGCGCACCGAGGCGCCCCCGCCGCUGCGCCAGCCCACCCGGAUAGCGCGCGCAAAGACCCUCACCCGGCCAGAACGCUCGCAGCCCCAGGUACCCCUGAUCAACCCGUCCGAGGGCGGCGCCGGCUUCUCGGCAGCCUCGACGACGCACAGCGGCACCUCGGCAUGGGCCUUGUUCGCCGUCCUCGUCACGUUCUGGGCGCCCGGGCCCCUGCUCAGCAGCUGCGGCGGCCUCAAGGACGCGGCCAGCCGGCAGGCGUGGCGCGAAAAGGUCGCCCUCGUCCUUGUCGCCUGCCUGCUGGGCGGCUUCAUCGGCUUCGUCACCAUGGGCCUCAAUGCCGCCCUCUGUCCGCCCAACGCCCAGGAGUUCACCGACAACAUCCGCGUCGGCACCUACGGCGGCCUCCUCGGCGUCCACGGCUGGGAGUUCAACAUCUCGGCCGCCCGCAACCUGCCCUCGGAGAACGGGCUGGUGACGCAGCUGUUCAAGCUGGCAAAGGACCGCCCCGGCGCGGAUAUCACACCACUCUUCAACGUGGGCAAGGACGCAAACUAUCCCGCCUGCAAGGGCCUCUCCGGCGCCUAUGCCGCCGACGCCGUCUGCACCACGUUGGCGGGCGCCGUGACGGCAAAGUGCCCCAUGGGCACGCUCAGCGUCGCCCAGAUGACGGCGUACGGCAUGACCAACACCUCCAAGGGCGUCGGCUACGACUGGAGCGACAUCGACUCGGGCAACUUCACCAACACGAUUGUCCUCGACGGCGUCGUCCUCAACCUCAACCCGUACCUGGUCGCCCAGCCGACGCCCGUCAAGGGCGACGCCGUCGACGCGGCCAUCCGCAACCAGCUCGAGAGCAGCAACGGCGGCGGCGGCCGCGACGCCACCAUGAUGUUCUACACCAACCCGGAGACGCGCAAGGCGAUCCAGUGCCUCAAGCAAAAGUACCGCGCCGGCAGGAUCGACAAGAUCACGCCCGGCUGCUUCAUCUCCAACCUGGUCCUCUACAUUGCGCUCAUCGUCAUCCUCGGCAUCGUCCUGAUCCGCUUCUUCAUGGCCAUCUGGUUCGCGUGGUUCAUGCGGCCGCCGCCGUCGAAGCCGCCGCGCCUCGUCCACCGCGAGUCGGGCGUGUCGACGACGACGUCGGUGCCCGAGAGCCUGGCGCUCGAGUCGAUCGGCGCCGAGCCCUACGUCGUCUGCCUGAUCACGGCCUACUCGGAAAACGAGGAGGGCAUCUCGACGACGCUCAGCUCGCUGGCCGGCACCGACUACUCGGACUCGCGCAAGCUCCUCUUCCUCGUGGCCGACGGCAUGGUCACCGGCUCCGGCGAGUCGGUCAGCACGCCCGACGUGUGCGUGUCGCUGCUCGACGCCGACCCGCGCUUCGGCACGCCGAUGCCGAUGAGCUUCAUCUCGGUCGCCGACGGCAAAAAGAAGCACAAUAUGGCCAUGGUCUACGCGGGUCACUACACGCGCGUCGAGGGCCACCGCACGCCGAUGGUCGUCAUCGUCAAGUGCGGCACGCCCGAGGAGGCGGCCGACAAGAAGCCGGGCAACCGCGGCAAGCGCGACUCGCAGCUGAUCCUGAUGAACUUUUUCCAGCGCGUCACGUACAACGACCGGAUGACGCCGCUCGACUACGACCUCUUCCGGAAGCUGCACACGCUGAUGGGCGUCACGCCCGACUUUUUCGAGCUGUGCCUGAUGGUCGACGCCGACACCAUGGUCUACCCCAAGUCGAUGACGGUGCUGGCCAACGUCAUGAUGAGCGACCACCUCGUCAUGGGCGCGUGCGGCGAGACCCGCAUCGCCAACAAGACGCAGAGCUGGGUCACCAUGAUCCAGGUGUACGAGUACUUCAUCUCGCACCACCAGGCCAAGGGCUUCGAGACGGUCUUCGGAGGUGUCACCUGCCUGCCCGGGUGCUUCUCCAUGUACCGAAUCAAGGCGCGCAAGCCCAACGACGACGACUGGGUGCCCAUCAUUGUCAAGCCCGAGGUGACGCGCGAGUACAGCCAGAGCACCGUCGGCACCCUCCACCAGAAGAACCUGCUGCUGCUGGGCGAGGACCGCUUCCUGACGACGAUGCUGCUGCGCACCUUCCCGAACCGCAAGAUGGUCUUUUGCCCCAAGGCGCGCUGCCGCACCGAGGUUCCGCACACGUUCAAGAUGCUCCUCUCGCAGCGCCGCCGCUGGAUCAACUCGACCGUCCACAACCUCAUGGAGCUUGUCCUGGUCCGCGACCUCUGCGGCACCUUUUGCUUCUCGAUGCAGUUCGUCGUCUUCAUGGACCUCCUCGGCACCGCCACGCUGCCCAUCAACAUUGUCCUCACCGUCGUCAUGAUCGUCCGCACCGCUAUCCAUCCGCCCAAGAACUUUACCCAGUCGAUCCCGCUGAUCCUCCUCGUCUCGGUCAUCACCAUGCCCGCGCUCCUCAUCCUCCUCUCGACGCGCAAGGUCGUCUACGUCCUCUGGAUGCUCGUCUACCUCCUCGCGCUGCCGGUGUGGAACUUUAUCCUGCCCAUGUACUCGUUCUGGCACUUUGACGACUUUUCCUGGGGCGAGACGCGCAAGGUCGAGGGCGAGGGCAAGGACCUCGGCCACAUCGACCAGGGCGGCGCCUUUGUCGCCAGCUCGGUGGCGCUGCGCCGCUGGGAGGACUGGGAGCGCUCGCGGCUGCGCAAGCAGAAGCGCGAGGAGAAGCGCCGGCGCGAGCUGGAAAAGCAAUUUGGCCACGGCUUCUACAACGACGGCAGCGACGGCGGCGACGACCUCGACCGCAAGCAGCCCGGCCUGCCGCUCUCGGCCUCGCUGCGGCCCGACAGCGACUCGUUCAGCGACACGGUCAGCGACUUUGACGAGGACCGGUGGGGCGCCCAGAUCGGCGGCUACGACGAGUCGGCGCCGCCGCCCCUGGCCAUUGUCCGGCACUCGAUCUGGGUGGGCGACCAGGAGCUCACCCUCGACCAGCGCGACAUGGAGUCGAUGCUCGACCAGGGCUGGGACGAGCGCGGGCCGGCCAGGCCCAGCGCCGUCAGCAACCGCUUCCAGCAGCACGGCAACGCCAACGCCAACGGCGGCGCGCCCCACGACCGCAACAAUCCCUACUCGCGCCCGCACGCCAACGACCCGCCCGUGCCCCGGAUACCGUCGCGCUUCAGCCAGCAUCGCCCCUACAACCCGGGUCAGAUUGAGCUCGAGCGGACGGGGAGCCACGGCGAGUACGCCAGCCUGAUGCGCGGCUCGUCGCAGCCGCCAUCGCCGGCAUUCGGGCCCGCCAACGGCUACCCGGAUGUCAACGGGGUUGGCCCCUACGGGCGCGCCGGCCCCGAUCUGUCCCAGGGCGGCAGCGACGGGAGAGGAGGCGGCGGCGGGCCACCGCAGCAGCAGCUCCCGCCGCACCACCAGGCCCGCGGCUACCCUCGUCAGCCAGGGCAUCGAUACCCAUAG